AUGUCUUCACUACCAACUCUUGCCAGUUCUCCACUCAAUCUCGUGGCUAUUCGUGAUCAAGAGAAAAAUCGCAUCAAGGAAUUGUUGAGUCAGAUCGAGGGAGAAAAGUGCGUGAUUAUAGAUUCACAGAUUAACAAGCAGUUGAUCUUUGUAACAGAAGGUUCCACUGUACUCAAGGAAUGUGGUAUAACUCAAUUCAUUGCAUUAUCAAACACCGUGGCCUCCAUCACAUCUCCGAACGUUCUAUUCUUCAUUCGUCCAAUUCCUGAAGAUAUAAAGAUGACAGCAAAUUACAUCCGAAAGCUUGAAGAGGCGGAGUCCCCUGCCGCGUUCACCAUCUUCUUCUUUCCGCGCAUCACCCGCUUUGUCCGCGAACUGAUGAAGAACGAAGGCAUUCUCGACUCGGCUACGAUCAUCUCCACCAAUCUGGACAUCUACCCGAUGGACGAUGACCUGCUCGUUCUUGGCAUCCCCGACAGCUAUGCCGAGCUCUAUCUCAAGCACGACUACACAUGUCUGCAAUUAACCGCGGAUGCGCUCACCAUGAUUCAGCAGCUCUACGGCGUGAUCCCCGCGAUCACCGCUUUGGGUCCUCACUCGCAAGCCGUGGUGGACAUGCUCCUCCAGGCGCGCACCGCGGGGAAACUGACAGAAGUGGACCUGCCUCCCGAAAUCGACCGGCUCAUCCUAUUGGACCGCGGUCUGGACCCGGUUUCCGCGUUUGUGACCCCGCUGACGUACGAGGGCAUGCUGGACGAGGUGCUGGGGAUCGAGCGGGGAGCGGUGACGGUGAGCGAGAAGACGCUGGAGCUGAAGGGAGACAAGAUGCUGACGAUCCGGCUGAACAACUCGGACAGCUUCUUCCAGGAAAUGCGCGACUACAACGUGGUGAAGGUGGCGCGCGUGCUGGCGCAGAAGGUGGCGCAGGUGGGCGAGGAAGUGAAGGCGAAGCCGCAGAGCGGGAACGUGUCCAUGGCCGAGUUCAUGGAGUUCCAGCAGAAGCUCCCGGACCUGCUGAAUCGGAAGCAGCUGGCGCAGACGCAUUAUGGACUGUUCAACGCGGUGUCGAAAGUGACGAACAACGAGGACUUCCGCGCGCGGUGGCAGGACGAGCACGCGGUGCUCUCGGGGGACGGCAAUCCCGUCGAUCUGGUGGCGCUCGCCGACGUGGGAGCGUCGUUCGUGACGGUGAUGCGGCUGCUGAUUCUGUAUUCGCUGGUGAAUAAUGGGCUGAAGCCCAAAAUGUUCGACGAAGUGCGGCACGCGCUGCUCCAAAUCUACGGCUUCGACAAGCUCCUGCUCCUCCACAAUCUCCAGAAACUCGGUCUGCUGAUUCCGAAAGAGACGGCCGGCAAUUUCGCGACGAUCCGCGCCCGCAUGCGCCUGGAGCAGGACGGCGUGACCGGGAUGGACAUGAGCGACAUGAGCUACGUCACCAGCGGCUACGCGCCGCUGACGGGGCGACUGGUGCAGGCGAUCCUGCUGCAGAACGGCGUGAGCGCGGAGAUCCAGAAGCUGCUGCCGGUGAGCGUGAAGGAGUACCGGCAGGAAAUGGCGAGCUCGCUGCGCGAGAACGGCAUGCGGAAGAAGGUGGCGUUGGUGGUGCUGGUGGGAGGCAUGUCCUACAUGGAGAUGGCGGCGAUUCGACAGCUGAAGCGGAUCGAGCAGUGUGGAUACGAGAUCGUGAUGAUGACGACGGAUAUCAUCAGCGGAGCGCGCGUGCUGCGCAGUCUGAACAAGGAAUUGCCGCAGAUCCCCGUCGCCCCCAACCCUUAAAGCGCUU